AUGUGCAGGUUGAUGAUCAAGGGCCGUUUCUUCAACUUUAACAUAAUCAACGUGCACAGCCCUCACUCCGGAAGCACUGAUGAUGACAAGGACGCAUUUUACGCCCAGCUCGAACGUAAGUACGACUGUUGCCCAAGCCACGACGUCAAGAUCAUCAUAGGAGAUCUAAACGCUCAGGUAGGCCAGGAGGAGGAGUUCAGACCGACGAUUGGAAGGUUCAGCGCCCACCAGCUGACAAACGAAAACGGCUUACGACUCAUCGAUUUUGCCGCCUCCAAGAACAUGGCCAUUCGUAGCACCUUCUUCCAACAUAGCCUCCCUUAUCGUUACACCUGGAGAUCACCACAGCAGACGGAAUCGCAAAUCGAUUACGUUCUGAUUGAUGGAAGGCACUUCUCCGAAAUUAUCGACGUCAGGACCUAUCGUGGCGCUAACGUCGACUCUGACCACUAUCUGGUAAUGGUGAAACUGCGCCCAAAACUCUCCGUUAUCAACAAUGCACGGUACCAACUACCGCCACGGUACAACAUAGAGCGAUUGAAGCAACCGGAUGUCGCCUCAACAUACGCGCAGAAUCUCGAGACAGCGUUGCCAGACAAGGGCGAGCUCGAUGUUGCUCCCCUAGAAGACUGCUGCAGUACAGUAAAAGCAGCCACAAACAACGCAACCGAGUGCACCGUCGGGUACGUGGAACGGAGUCGACGAAACAAAUGGUUCGACGAAGAGUGCAGAGUGAUUUUGGAGGAGAAGAACGCAGCGCGGACGGUAAUGCUGCAGCAUGGAACCCGGCAGAACGUGGAACGAUACAAACAGAAGCGGAAAGAGCAGACCCGCAUCUUUCGGGAGAAAAAACACCACCUGGAAGAAGCGGAGUGCGAGGAAAUGGAACUGCUGUACCGCUCUCAAGAAACACGGAAAUUCUACAAGAAGCUACAGCAUGGAACCCAGCAGAACGUGGAACGAUACAAACAGAAGCGGAAAGAGCAGACCCGCAUCUUUCGGGAGAAAAAACGCCACCUGGAAGAAGCGGAGUGCGAGGAAAUGGAACUGCUGUACCGCUCUCAAGAAACACGGAAAUUUUACAAGAAGCUCAACAAAUCCCGCAACGGUCCUAUGCCGCGAACCGAAAUGUGCAGGGAUAAGGACGGGGGCCUCUCAACGGAUGGACGUGAGGUGAUUAAAAGGUGGAAGCAGCACUUCGAUGAGCAGCUGAACGGCGCGGAGAACGUAGGCAUGGGGGUUCAAGAUGACGGGAGAAACAAUAACGUCAGUGUAGCAGAUGACGGAAAUGAUCCAGCUCCCACAUUGAGGGAAGUUAAGGAUGUCAUGCACCAGCUCAAAACCAACAGAGCAGCUGGUAAGGAUGGCAUCACAGCUGAACUCAUCAAAAUGAGCCCAGAAAGGUUGGCCACGUGUUUGCACCGAUUAAUAGUCAGGAUUUGGGAAACCGAACAGCUACCGGAGGAGUGGAAGGCAGGGGUAAUUUGCCCCAUUCACAAGAAAUGCGACCAUUCGGAAUGCGAGAACUUCCGAGCGAACACAAUUCUGAAUGCCGCCUACGAAGUGUUAUCCCGAAUCAUCUUCCGUCGUCUAUCACCUAAAACGAAUGAAUUUGUGGGAAGUUAUCAAGCCGACUUCGUCGAUGGCCGAUCGACAAAGGACCAGAUCUUCACCGUGCAGCAAAUCCUCCAAAAAGGCCGUGAAUACCAGGUCCCAACGCAUCACCUGUUCAUCGACUUCAAGGCAGCAUACAAUAGCAUCGACCGCAUAGAGCUAUGGAAAAUUAUGGACGAGAACAGCUUACCUGGGAAGUUGACUAGAAUUAUCAAAGCGACGAUGGACGGUGUGCAAAACUGGCUUAAGGAUCUCGGGUGA